AUGUUACCUCAGAUGACAUGUCGCCUUCCAGAUAGCCCCCAACAACCGAAUUUCUCCUGCAAACGCCUUAGGCUUGACGUACUCAACGAACCCAAAACUUGCGCUACCGGCCCUGGCAGUUCAGAUAAUGCUUACAACCGAGUCAGCCCGCCUGCUGAUUGGCCGGGACCAGUCGCUUCUACGGGCACCUGCAACGGUGAGGAAAUUGGGCAGCACCAGUUAUCCAUUCGGGGACAUCACAGACAUCGAGACAGGCAUCAUUCUCAUUUGCAUCAUCGGCACCGAGUUAGUAACCAUCAUCAUCACCACCCUCGUGGUCAUGAUCAACAUGCAAACGACAGACUUCAUCGUUCCGCACUGAUCAUAUCCGAUGGCACCGCCGAAUCUGGAGCACCUGAUGGAUCCUCUCCCUUCUCUAGCGUUGCCUCGCACUCUUCUUCCUCUGCCUCUCACUCACCGUCCCCCUCCCCCUCAUCCUCUCCAUCAUCCUCCCAUUCACCCUCACACUCCCCAUCUCAUUCCCACUCACCUUUCUCUUCUUCCGCCUCACACCUUGGCUCCACAGUUCUUCCUCCAGUUCUCUGCUUGCGUUGCCCCUAUUGUGGCUUGGCCACAGGCUUGUGGCCCCGAUUCGUACGCCAUCCGAAUGAAUGCACCGCUCUCUUAGCUCCUUCUCUCCUCAGUCAGGAGGUGGGUUCUCAUCCGAUUGCGGAUGCCCUUUUUCAAUCAGAAAGGCUUAAUCUGGCAACAGGGGAGAUAAAACAGUCUAUCAAGCUGAAUGAUGAUGAGGCUACAGAACACGGCGAGAAACAACAGGCAUUUGGUGAAAAUAAGCAUGAAAGUGAGAAGGAAGAUGAACAAGAACAAGAAAAAGGAGAUGAAGAGGGCGAGGUGGAGGAGGAGGAGAGAGUGGAGGUGGAA